AUGGCUUCCGGCUGUCUGCUGCUGGAUUCCACGUUUACCAUGACUCUGAAAAACCUAGUACACGAUGUCAUUGAGCGACUGUCGUCUCAGCCUUCACCUUUUGUUGCAUUAGACAGACUGCUGCCCCAUAACAAUUUGCUUCAAGUAUCGGUCAGGGAAAGCGACGUGCUCCUUCAUUGCCAUCUCCUAGAGCACUUCGUCUCCAUCAGAUCACAGAUUGAUGCAUGGGCAGAGGAAAACACGGUUGAUGAGGGCGCAGCCUGGACCUGCUACAUCAACGCGGGCAUUCGUCGGCUAACACAAUGGUUUGAGGCCUCGCUUUCUGGUCAUGUUGAUCUUAACACUCACAUCCCUCCGCUCGAUGUUCUUCUCGUGUGGCAUGCUUUUCUCCAAGACCCGGUCGAGUGGAAAAGGUUUGCCGACACAACCAAGGUCGAAUUCUCUGGGUGGAAUUCCGAUGCUUUGUCGAGAGCCCUGCGGAACGACGAGUCUGGGGAGUUUUGUCCCUCAUGGGAUUGCAUGAAUAAGAUCAACCGAGUGUACACUGAUGAAGACGUUCGUACUUUCAUGGAUAAGUCAAUUGACUAUGUCUUCAGCCGGGAAGAUAGUAACGACACCACGCAAUCGGUGACUCGUUUAUUCGAUAGCAAGCGAUUGUCACAUACAAUCACAACACUUAAUGGCGAAUGGAACUUCACUUACGACUUCCACGCAGCUGUACAACGCCAGCUCAACUUGGCAGAACCAGUCAUUAAAUUUUCCUGGCAUCGGAUGUACACGUCUCCUCUAGACAAUGAAUGUGGGUUCAGGGCUGCUGUCAAACGCUAUAGGAGAAUCAUGACUCUAGCGCAGUUCCGAGGGCCAGGUUGCUCAGGCGUCACUUAUCUCGACAUCGAUCUUGUAUGGAGAACACACAUACUUGCACCUAAAGAGUACCGCUGGUUUUGUGUCGAGACAUUCGGAGGCCUCGUGCUCAACAUUCCAAGCCCCCUUGGCACUUAUGAGCCAGAAACGGUCUUCCUCGAUGACACAUCUCAGAUUUACGAGCACGUCUUCGGAGAAGAGUACGCUGUGUGUCUUUGCUGGCCAUGUGUCGAUGGGCGUCGAGCCGAUGACCCAGGCUCGUGGGGCUUGAAAUGGUUUAUCGGAUCAGUAUCCAGGACACCGAUAGCAGAGGAGAUCGACCGUCGUCGAAACGCAGCUGUGGAUAUUCCUCUCGUGUUCGGGGGCAAGCAAUGUCGCAAAUGUGGCUCUCACCCACGGAGACGUUGUCUGAAGAAGGAUAUUGAUGACAGUUUAGAACAGGAGCCGCUGCUUCUUGGACGUUCUAGCACUGAUCGCGUUUUAACGCCGACAGUACCAGUUGCUGCUCCCCCAAGUCCUCAUGGACGAAUGGAGCUUGCUAUCGAUCCAUUCAGAGAUCUGGAAGUUUCUCCGGUCCGUUCUGAAACCCUUGGCGAAACCUUUCCACGGUCUUCACUCUCAUCAGAAAACUUCGAAACUUCAGAACCGACCCUUUGGGACACGAACGGAAACACAAUCGUGGAGUCGCUAGACAGUAACGGGAGCAGACCCCCAACCCCUGGUCUCUCAGAUGGAUCUACAUGCUCUGAUGAUAGCAGUGACGAAGCUGUUCACAGAAACUACGCUUUCGAAAGAUGUGCGAACUUGUACCAGAUACCUCCCCCAGAGCACGCAUCCACUCUUCGUACCAACAACAGGAAUGCCGAUGCGACAAGAGAUAGCCCACGAGGGAGAUCGCGAAUCAAUGGGACGACUGGUCCAGAGCCUGGGGUAUGGUUGGCUGGUCAAACUUGGUAG